GUGCUGUGUCAGUGCUGCUCCAGCUGCUGUCACGUUAACACUGUGCAUUUCUGCUGCUUCUCUCGCCUUCUGGAAGCUUCACCUCGAGUAUCCUACAAAUUAAAAAUUUUGCUUACGAAACAUUGAGUACUGAAGAGGACAUAGUAUUGACAGUGUCACAGGAAUACCGUCAGGAUCACAAUACUUUUUCAGUUGCAUUAUGGAUGAACAGAAGGUGGUUCCAGAUGUUAUUGAUGCUGCACCUCCAGCUACAGUGGUGGUAAAAUUUGGAGAAAUAGAGGUAAAAAAUGGGACAGUAUUGACACCAACUCAGACUAAGUAUCCACCCACCCACCUGUCAUGGCCUCUUGAAGAUGACACAUUAUAUACACUUUGCAUGACAGAUCCUGAUGCUCCAAGUCGAAAAGCACCCAAAUUCCGUGAAUGGCACCAUUGGCUAGUUGUCAAUGUUCCUGGCUGUGAGGUGAAAGAUGGCGAUGUGCUGAGUCAGUAUGUGGGAUCUGGUCCACCAAAGGGCACAGGUAUAAUUUUCUUGACUAAUUUCUGCACUUAACCUAUUUAAUGUACA